UUCGCUUAGCUUUCCCAAUACAGCUCACGCGGCUGAUGUGUAACUCCGAAUGUGAACAUGGACGUACAUGUGUCUGCACAUCGAUCUCUGCAUAGCGAGCUCGUCAGUAUUCACUUGACUCGGAGCUCAGAUAUGUGGGCUCUACUGUGCUUGCCCACUUGGUGACAGCAGGUGCUGCGCUGGCGACGCAGCCGCGCUUGCCAUUUGAGAUUUCUACCGCUACUGGCGCAGGCCGCAGCUACUGCACUUACACCUCCACGCCAACCAAACCGAAAACACUUCGUGACCUAACUUCGGUUUACCCCACUAGUUUGUCGCUGUCGGCCUCCCACGAUCCAAAAUGUCACUCCAGAGCGCGGCAGACGUGCCGCUUCUCAUCAGCUCACCCAACUCGUCCUCCGAACGCCGUAUCUCGCCGUCAUGGAGUAUUGCGCACCUGAAGAGCCGACUGGAGCCUAUCACCGGAGUGCCCGCGAGUAGCCAACAACUUUCUCUUCGAGUUGGUUCUCAAGAUGCUGUACCAAUCACCGCACUGGAUGAGGAACAGACGCGUUUGGCGCAGUUCUCUCUGCAGCCCUAUGCCGAAAUCACUGUUGUCGAUACACGCCCACCUGCGGCCCGAACAGACUUUUCGGAUCUAUCAGCCGUCGACAAAUAUGUGAUGCCGUCGGCGGAAUACGAAACUCGAACUGAUAGUGUUCUUGCUUGGAAGAAAGCCCAGAAGCUUGGUCGAUUUGAUCCCAACGCACCCAGCAUAGAGCAACAAAAGAUCAUCGCUUCCCAACGUGAGAUAGAGGAGAGAGGUCUCACUGUCGGCAGCCGUGUCCGCCUCCUCCCCGAAUCUGACGCGCGAAGAGGCAUAGUGGGCUACACUGGCCUCGUCCCAGAGAUCCCUGGCAUUGGGGCCUGGGUCGGCGUCACGCUCGAUGAACCGACUGGCAAGAACGAUGGCUCGGUAAAGGGGAAGCGGUACUUUGAGUGCGGCAAUAACUGUGGCGUGUUUGUCAGGCCAGAGCGCUGCGAGGCUGGAGAUUUUCCGGUGCUGAAUGAGUUUGAUGAGGAUUUGGAGGAGCUGUGAGAGGCACAGCGGCAAGCUAUUCGAUGUGGCGGCAUUGGAUCGCGGGAAUCGUGUACAGCUUUGGCGGGUAACGUGUGCUAGGAGGCUUUAGCUCCAUGAAACAGAGAAUGAAUGAAGUGCGACUCAGAUCAGAG